UGUAUGGGGAAAGAAAAUCAUCCAAUCGUUGCGCUGUAGCGCAUGAAUCGCGCACGCGCCAGCUGGGUUAACGCGCCCACGCGGUUCCAGUGGCAGGACAGGGCAGGUCAGGAGCUGAGCCGAUGAGAUCAUGGAGUCUGCGCCGAGGUCGGACAGGAUCCAGCCGGGAUUCAGUGGUGAUGGAGAGGUACCUGUCCGAACCCACAAUGAUCUUCACUGUAAAUGAAAUCUCAAGACCACUGGCCAGUGUGAGCCUUAUCUGCAACAAUUUAGUCAUAAAAGAGCUAAAAAAGACUCAGCCUCAAGCUCUACAGCCAGAGAUGGGAAGGUGAAAACUGAGAGGCCACGGGAGGCCUUUAUUCAAUGCAUCAUUCAUUCUGGUCCCACAAAGGGAUAUGAAUAUAUUUUCACCUCUAACAGUUUCUUUACAAAUACCACACGACAAUGCCUUUAAACAUUAGACCCAAACCCUCGCACAGCAAGCUGUCGGCCGCUGCUGCUAAAAGCGGCGGCCAUGUUGACGGCAACGCCACUCAUUCACGCUUCGCCAGGUCCCCUAAGCAAGGCAAAGGCAAGCAGGCUGUAAACUCCACACCGGGGUGUCGCUCUGGGCUUGAGCCGGGGUCCGUGUGUGGGGGGGCGCCAGCCCCGGCAUCUAAAUUGAGUGGGACACAGGGGUCGGUUUCAAGGCCAGGUACAAAAACCAAAACUGGCACCGCAGGGACCAAACCCUCUUCAUUUGGGUCGGCAACAGCUCCAGGGGGGAAAACUCUGUCCAUGGAAAACAUCCAGUCUUUGAGCGCAGCCUAUGCAACUUCCAGCACCCUUUACCCAAAUGAGCGAGAGUCCUUAGAACUGUCUGGUGGAUACCCCAAAGGUACUAUGACAGUAGGUCGGAGUACCAGCCGCUCUUCCUACACCGGUGGGACCACGCCCAUGGGGAGCAGCCCAAACAUUGCAUCCUCCGGGAUGCAUCGUACGCCAGACCCUUGUGGAGAACCAAAUAUGCCUUCAGCAGGGGCUUCUAGCAUGCGUAAGCAGUCUGGAAGACGUAUGCAAACGCAAGAUAUGGCUGGACAGGAGGAGGGUUCGUCAAAUGACCUCCAAUCUCAGCUGAGGGACCUGCGCAGAGAGAAUGACAGCCUCCGGAGAGAACUGGAUGGAGGGAGAGAUGGAAAGACAGGCCACACUAUGAACAGCGUGAACUUUUGGAGCCCAGAGGCAAAAAGAGACAGAGGAGUGAGGCGUGAGGAGGGAGCGCGGCCUCCAGCUGCGAAGGACCACUACAGGUUGAGCCAAGAAGAUUUACAGCAUCUGCCGCUGACGGUUCAGGAGCUUCAGGAGGAGCUGAGAGCUCACAAGGAAAUGAAUAGUCGAUUGCAGCAACAGCAGCAGCAGCAUGGGAACUCCUGUCGAGAACACCAUAUGGACCAGGACUUUAGAGGCCGGCCCAGUCCUGGCCACAGCCCCAGGCAAAGUCCCAGCACCCUGCACAGCCCUGCGUCAAAACACAGCCCCAAAGCAAGUCCAUCCAAUACCUACAAUUCAAGGCAACAGGAAGCUGACAUCAUCAUUCACAGCCCUGGAUAUGGCUGUAACACUGCAGUAGCCGCACAGAGACUCAGUCCAGCCAACACCCUUCAGCCUGCCCCAAGGAACAGCUCCAACCAGCCCCUCUAUAACACCAACUACACCGCGGGAGUGGCUCCCAGCUCCAACUCCUUACGCCCUCGCAGCCCAUGUCAGGUGCCGGGGUGUGACGGUUUCUCCUCGCCUCUCCUCGAUCCGUCGGAAGAGAACUUCUUCCGGCUGCAGUCGGAACACGACCGGCAAGCGAAGGAGCUGUCUCUGCUGAGGAAGACCAUGGAGGAGAUGGAGACGAGGAUUAAUUCUCAGAAGCAGACGCUGGGCGCUCGAGAUGAGAGCAUACAGAAGCUGUUGGAGAUGCUUCAGGGUCAAGGUCAGGGCCAAAGUCAGGGCCAAGGUCACUGGGGACGAGGCCAGAGGACGGGGAUUAUUACUAUGGCAGCCCAGGAGGCCGAGGCCCAAUUGGAGAACAUGCACGUGAGAGAGGAUACCAAGAUCUCAUCCCUGGAGAGAAACAUCCGAGACUUAGAGGAUGAGGUUCAGAUGCUUAAAACCAGUGGCGUGCUACACUCUGACGACAGGCACGAUGAGCUCAAACAGGUGGAGGUCUACAAGAGCCACUCUAAAUUCAUGAAAUCUAAGGAGCAGGCCUUAUCACCAUGUGUGUCUUCCAUCAGACCAACUCCCUCCUUCCUCUUCCCCACCCAACAUCCUUGGAUCACAGAACAAGCAGAAGUGUUUUGGCCCAAAACUCUGAUCCAAUCAGAAUGUCCUUUCAAUGAAAUCGAGACGCUAAAGCAGGAGCUGAACAGGAAGGAGUCGGAGAUGCAGGCCCUGCAGACCAAACUGGAAACACUAACCAAUCAGAACUCUGACUGCAAGCAACACAUCGAGGUCUUAAAGGAGUCGCUGACUGCCAAGGAGCAACGUGCAAACACACUGCAGACAGAGGUGGACGCUCUUCGAGUUCGUCUGGAAGAAAAGGAACAGCUCCUGACAAAGAAAACGAAGCAGCUGCAGGAUUUGAAUGAUGAAAAGAGCACACUAACAGGGGAGAUCCGAGACAUGAAGGACAUGCUGGAUGUCAAGGAGAGAAAAGUCAAUGUUUUGCAGAAAAAGAUUGAAAACCUGUUGGAACAGUUAAAGGAUAAGGACAAACAGUUGGCUGGACUGAGAGAAAGAGUCCAGGGUCUUCAGACAGACUCAAAUAAUACUGACACGGCUCUGGCCACACUGGAAGAGGCCUUAUCCGAAAAGGAGCGAGUCAUUGAGAACCUCCGGGAGCAAAAAGAACGAGAGGACCGAACUCGCACUGAGGAGCUGGAGCAGAUGCGACGAGAGAAUCAGAUUUUAAAGGACAAACUUUCUGUUCAGCAACCCUUGAAAUUGUCACAAAGUCCAGCGAACAACCCCAGCGCAACCCAAGACCAGAGGCCGGAUGGAGAGGUCCAAGUCAAAGUAGAUGGAUAUCCUGUUAUUGGUCCAACGAUCCAAAACAUGGAGGACGCGGUCAGGAUUGGUCCAGACAUCUCAGACCGGUUGAGGCUUCUAGAGCAGGAGGUGGCCCGCUACAGAGAAGAGUCUUCAAAGUCCCAAGCUGAGGUUGAGAGGCUAAUGGGAGCUCUGAAGGAUGCCGAAACUGAGAAAUCAUCUAAGGAGAAGAAAAUUUCUGAUCUCGAGAGACCUGGGCAAAUCAAGUCUCCAAACAUCCAAAAGCAGAUGAUUCCAGGUGAGAUGAGGAAAGAUGUUCUGGUCGAUGGACACCCACACUCGUUAUCCCAGCCUUUACUUUUCGCUUCCCAGGGUGCAAUGCGAGACACGGCGGAGCGCAUCAUGGAGCUGGAGAAGGCACUGAGGGAGAGCAUGAACACAGCGGCACACAGGGAGGCUCUGUGGGCGCAGGAGGAGGCUGAGCGCGUUCAGGCGCAGAGACAGUUGGAGGAGCUGAUGGGGGCUUUAGAGAAGACACGGCAGGAGCUGGAUGCUACCAAACUGCGGCUGUCCUCCACCCAGCAGUGCCUACAUGAAAGAGACGGACACCUCAGCAGUCUGCAGCAGGAGAGACGCAAACAACUGGAGGAAAUCCUGGAGAUGAAGCAACAGGCUUUGCUGGCCGCGAUCAGUGAGAAAGAUGCUAACAUCGCCUUGUUGGAGUUGUCCUCUUCCAAGCGUAAGAAGGCCCAGGAGGAAGUGAUGGCUUUGAAGCGGGAAAAAGACAGGCUCAUGCACCAGCUCAAACAACAGACUCAGAGCAGAAUGAAGCUGAUGGCGGAUAAUUAUGAGGAAGAUUACAUCCAUCCUCAACAUCAUCCUCAUCAUUUGCACCACUUGCAUCCGACAAAUCUGCAUCACCGAAGCCUGCCAAGGGCGGUACCCCAUGCCAACCACCGACCCCCUAUGGAUCAGGAUGACGAAGAGGGAAUUUGGGCAUGAUGAUGAUGACUGCAAUGAAAGGAGGACUAGAAGGAGAACAAGCCACGGAACUGUUGGGCUUCAAGCAUCGGCUGAUGUUGCUCCAUCAUCGUGACCAUCUGGUUCAGAAGCAGACAUCCACACAAACUCCUGUACCUCAAAGUACUGUAAGGCGUUUGGUGAUGUGAUGAUUGGAAAUGCUUCAUUGUUCUGAAGAAUAUCGUUUUCACUGACAAAUGCAGUGACGCCCCCCUCCCCAGGGGUAAAUGUCCCACACCGGAGCAUCAGCCACAAGUGUGGAAUCUCAAGGUAUUGGCAAGUCCUGACUAUCUAUGGCUGUUUUCAAUAGACUGCAAGCUGGAUUUAUUUUACGGUGCCAUGGUGCUACAAAGUCCUGGCUUCACAUCAACCAACAGUCACUAACGCUGCUGUCUGCCGUGAGCUUGACAGGCCUGAGUCAGCGGAAUAAAACCAUAAACCCAUGCCAGUCUUGGUCUGGUUUAUGUUGGCAUGAAUGUGUUUACUUCUGCAGCUAAAUAUCAAAAAUGUGUAAAUAUGACAACAUGGGACUUCAAAAUCAACAAUCCACAGAGACCUUCUGGAUGUGCUGUGCCAAAGGAGCCGUUCCCAGGCUGCUGGGACCAAUUCAUGAGAUGGAACUGCGACUGAAUUCAACAUUCUUCCUUAAACCACUUCAGUUACUCACUUGUCCAUCUCCAGUUUCCUGCACAGAGAGAAACAAGAAAACACACACUUGGGCUUGAAGAUGGCCCAACAAACAGUUUGAGUAUCAGCUUCCACCAUCCAUGAAAAUCGGGACUUUAUUUAACAAGGUGGGAAACGGAGCUGAGCUCGCAUGAAGCAUAAGCAGCGUGUUUAUAUGUUUUUCCUUGUGCUUCAGCCUGAUAUGUGUGUGUUUAAUGAACCAACAUCAUAUUGUUUUUUGAUUUUAUACAAUACGAGUGCCACUCUUAUGCUUUUUUAUGUAGCAGCUAUGUGUGUCUUAUCAUGUUGACGAGUGAUUUGUUUCGUCUAUUUAUUGAUCCUGUGAAUCCGUGUGAUUAUUAUGAAUACAAUGAAGUGACUUGCAAUUGAAGACACUGUUAUUGCUUUUUUUUCACUGUACUGUAUGUUUGACCUGACUGACUGUGGGGUACAAUGUGCAGUAUUGUGAUUUAACUGCGGCUGAACAGGGUGUCGCUUGUGGCAACUGUGAGAGUUUGGGGGCGGCAAACUGUUUUCACCCUUGGCUUUUUUUUUUCCAUUAAUUCCUGCAGCUGCGUUGUUUCUUUUGUUUGAAUAAAACGUCGUUUUCACAA